CGCGGGACGUCGGUGGUACGCGCGAGAGCUUGGCCGGGCCACGUAGCGGGGUUAAAGACACCGGUUAGCAGAGAGAGUGAACGAGAGAAGUGCGCGUGCAACCCUGAAUCUGUGCAACUCUGAUUGCACGAAGGCAAGAGGGAGGUCGCUCUCGACGGAGGUAAGCGCACUGUGAAUGGCUCUUCAAGCAAUGCACAGGCGUCCUUACAGCAGUGCCAUGUCGGGCAUUCAGCUCAUAUUUACCAGCUCUGAAGCCUGAAGACUCUGGCACCCUGCGGUGCAGCAGCCUUCUGAGAAACUGAAUCUAUGAUCUGCCUUCACCUUACAUACUAACAAGAGGAGUUUACCUUCAAAUGUUCAGCAUCAAAGACACAGAGCCUUUGAUUUUGCAGUUUGAUUUCUAGGCAUAUGGAACAAGAACAGAUUGUAUGUCUCUCCGACUGCAUUUCCUACCUUAAACAACAUGGAUGCUCUUUUUGAAUCAGGUUAACUAUCUGUCGCCUCAUCCCCUCCUUCCUGUCUCUUCAGUAGAAGGAGGGUGGGGGAUUGGUGUGGCGUCCCCUGCCCCUCCUUGUAGAGAAGGCUAGUCAACCUUUUCCAUUGCCCCGCGCUCCCACCAACCCCAUCCCUCCAAUUCCUCUUCAUGAAAUCCUGCAACAGCCUCAAGGAAGAGCUUUCUGUACCUACCCUUGGCGGGAUGUCACAGGAGGAAGGACGCAGGGCGCCAGUGUCCCAGUCCUAUUUCCACUCCUCUAACCCAGAUCUGGACCUGACGGGCAAGCUUUAUAAGAGAGAGGUUGGAGGUAAGCCGUAUUCUGUGUUAGUGGACAAUAAAAUGGCAGCCAAGGCCUCGAUUGCAGAUCAGAACAUUGGUCAGUUGCCCACUCAUCUAACCUCACAGCAGCAUCAGCAGUACUUCAGAGAGGGUGGAGAAGGGCAGGAGGCGGGGUCCCAGGCUGGUAACGACGUCACCUCUGAUGACACUGAAGAUGAUGAUGAAGACGAAGACGAGGAAGAAGAGGAUGAGGAGGGGGAAGAUGAGGGCUUCAAGCGGGAGCAGAUCAUUGUCGAGGUUAACCUGAACAACCAGACUCUUCACGUAUCCAAAGGAGACAACAAAAUUGGAACCACAGAAGACGACUCUGAGCAAGCCGGCAGCGACGAGGAAGACGACGAUGAGGAGGAAGAUGAGGAAGAGGAGGAGGACAGCCUCAAUGAAGAAGAGGAGGAAGACGAUGAGGAAGAUGAGAUUGAGAGUAGAAGGAGGAGGUCAAAGCGGGCCCGUCGAUGCGCCAGCAGCACAGGAGCUUCAAGCCAACCCCGGAGGAAGAGCCUGAGAACGUCUCUGAGCAUGACCUCUGCUGGGAUGACCACCAGGGGCAGGCGGAAGCACAUGGACCCCCCAAAGAGCAAGCGCAGGUCUGCCAGAUCAGCCCCAUCGUCCGCUGGUUCCACAACGACGGGAGGGAAAGCUGAAGUGGAGGAGAAGGAGAUGCUGGCGUGUGAAAAGUGCCCCAGAGUGUUUAACACGCGCUGGUACCUGGAGAAGCACAUGAAUGUCACUCACAGGCGAAUGCAGAUCUGCGACAAAUGUGGCAAAAAGUUUGUCCUGGAGAGUGAGUUGGCCUUACACCAGCAAACCGACUGUGAGAAGAACAUCCAGUGUGUCUCCUGCAACAAGUCUUUUAAGAAGCUGUGGUCACUGCAUGAGCACAUAAAGAUUGUGCACGGCUAUGCUGAAAAAAAGUUCUCAUGUGAAAUCUGUGAGAAGAAGUUCUACACUAUGGCUCACGUCCGUAAGCACAUGGUUGCUCACACUAAGGACAUGCCAUUUACCUGUGAGACGUGUGGGAAGUCGUUCAAACGCAGCAUGUCUUUAAAAGUUCACUCACUCCAGCAUUCUGGAGAAAAGCCCUUCCGUUGUGAGAACUGUGACGAGCGGUUCCAAUACAAGUACCAGCUACGCUCCCACAUGAGCAUCCACAUCGGACACAAGCAGUUCAUGUGCCAGUGGUGCGGCAAAGACUUCAACAUGAAACAGUAUUUUGAUGAGCACAUGAAAACACACACAGGCGAGAAGCCUUUCAUCUGUGAGAUCUGUGGGAAGAGCUUCACCAGCCGGCCCAACAUGAAGCGCCACCGCCGCACCCACACCGGGGAGAAGCCGUACCCCUGCGAGGUGUGCGGUCAGCGCUUCCGCUUCUCCAACAUGCUCAAAGCUCACAAAGAGAAGUGUUUCCGGGUCACCAGCCCCGUGGUCCUGCAGACCAGCGGCCCACCCGUGCCUGUCCGCAUCUUCGCCAACACCUUCUCCUCCUCUUCCUCCAUCUCUGGUCCCAGUCCCUCGGCUGCACCCCCGGCCACCACUUCAGCACCCCUGGGCCUCAGCCCGACAGGAGGACCCAUGCCUCCACGAGGCCCUUUGGGACACACGUUCUCCCACGUACAGAUCCACUCAAACCCCUCUCACCAACAUCCUCACCCUCCCACAACCCAGCAACACCUCUCAAACACACCCCAACAUGUCCCGCCUCACCCCCACCACCAUUUGGCCGUGCCCCCAGUCACACACCUGCCCCCACCCCCGGCCCUUUUCAAGAGUGAGCCCUUGAACCACUGUGGGCAUGAAGACAGCAGCUACCUGCACCACAUGGCUCCCCCUGAGAAGGGUCCUGGAGCCCCGCAGCACCACUGAACUGUGCUUAAACUCUGCGGGCCCCCACCAAACCACGCCUUGCUCCUCCGCUUCACUUCGUCCUGCCUCAGUCUCUCAGUUUCCCCCUGAUGAAAGGGUGCUUCUCUCAAACGGGUUUAAAUAAAUCAAUAUUCAACCAUGCACAUCCCCACUCCACGUAUUAUUUAAGUACAACAGCUACUUAAAGACCUCGGUCCACUGACUAAUAUUUCACAACCUCUUACAUUUGUUCUUAAUCCGUGCGACGGUGGGUGUAAAGUAUCUCCUUUUUAUCAGAAGCUACUGAUAGAGCUCAACGUAUGUAUUGCCUGUGCUUCAUGGAUCUACAAGGAUCAGUGUCAUGGAACUUUUCUCUUUGUGUCAAGAUGACUUCGCACAUUGACUGUCUGCACUUCCUCCCCAUAGCAAUACUAAAGCUGUUCUCUUAUGCCGCUUUUCCACCAACCCGGAGCCGGAGCUGGAGCCGAUAAAGAUCUGGUUUUUCGUGUUUCCACCGCAGCGGUGCCGACUUUAAGCGCCGAAAAACCGGAUCUCUCUGGCCCCACUCGGCUGCCCGGCAAGAUCCAAGAUCCAAUACGAACCAAAACGUCAAGCUUACUUCGGAGGGGGGAGAUUAACCUGAGCAAUAAGCGUUCAUGGCGAGUACAACAUGUAACAAGCAGUAGCGCUGAGCAAAGUGACUAGAACGCGAGCACACACUUAUAAAAAACACACUUUAUAAAGUCAGGCAACACUAACCAGGAUUAGUUUGAUGCUGUUUAUGUUACCCUACUUUAAUCACCAUCCGUUCAGUGUUAUUGGUCAUUGUGAAGAGCAGGCAGACGUUCUCCUGUUGUUUUGUAUUAUUGCAGCUAUCGGAUGGAAUCGAUACACGGGCUACACAGGUUGCCAUCAGAAGUAAAAUCAUAACGAAAACUACGCCGGUAAAAUAAGCCUGUACAAAAACAGCUUCUGCCACAAUAGGAUAGCAGAGUAGUCGAGAUCGUCAGAGUAGCCUCGCUUGCUAUGCUAACAUCACCUGUCUUAUGCCAGAGACACUUUCAUAAUAGCGUUGAAUGCCAAACCGCUUCAAUUCAGACUGAAACACAUUCACUUAUGAGGAGAGGGGCUAUGCAUCAGCUGCUUGUGACAGUCAGACAGUGAAUAUGAAUCAGUCAUAAGAGGGCACGUAAACCGUUACGUCAUGACGCAAACGAUGAGGCAAUGACGCAGCUCCACUUUAGCUCCACCCGGCCUCUGAGCGGUGGAAACACAAGGGGUGCUACAGGCUAGAACCAGAAAAGCAACCGAAAAGCAAAAGAUUGGAUCUUGAAGCGGAUCCGGUUUAGUGGAAAAGGGGCAAUAGUUAAACUGUAGAGCCUCACCCCACAGAAAUGUUUGAAUGUUGUUCUACCUGAGCUUCUCUCUGUCCUAAGGCUUUCUGUCAGAGUGGUAUCAGCAGCAGAGCGACGUGCAGUGCCAUAGGUCACAGUUAGAGGGGAGGACUAUUUGUAGGGGACAGAGGUGUUGUUAAAUGUAGACUUAAGACUGAGACUCACAUCAUGGUUAAAUGGUGCUUUCCAUUCCUAUAUACACAAAAUAUUUUUUUUUAAUUUCGCUUUUCCGUUUGAUUUUUGAGAAGUGUCAUAUGACAAAAUAACCACGUAUUGUGUCAGCCCUGCUUUUAUAUAACAGAUUUUACGUUUGACUGGAUAUUUUGUGAUUGAGAAACUCAAUUUAUGCAGGAUACACACCCUCACACUUACUCAAGCACACACCCAAAACACAAAGACCAUAGUUUGGUCACUGAUAAACUUGCUGUGUUCAGUGAAACCUCAGCUUUGAGCUCUGUUGGUCAACAGAGGCUUUCAGAUAAUGGAUGACUGUCAAAUACUGCCACUGUGAGGGGCCAGACACAUGGCCCCAUCAGGAUUUACCCCACUUCCCUCCGCUGCUGUCGAAAUGAUACGGGUUACCAUGUGAAAGGUCUUUUCACACACACACACACACACACACACACACACACACACACACACACAGUAUAAACACCUGGGACCUUUUUUCAUCACAGUUCUUAACAGGCAAUUAUGCAUAUUCCGCUCAGCCUAUAUUCCACGGUUUGGUGUGGGGUGUGUCGUAAUGUAAAGUUGUUGUUUUUUUUAAAGUUUUCCUUCUCUUACUGAUAAGCUUUGAUCCACACAGGCAAACCCGUGUCUAAACCUGUUGAAUGUUGCCUACGCAGAAUGAUGGCUGAUAAGGCAUUGGUAUUUAGUUUUUCUAGGGAUCUCUUUUAAUUCGCUCAGUUUUAAGCUAUUGAACUGUUCUGCAGUGUAGAUACGGUUAGCACAUGAUGGGAAAUGUCAGGAUAAACAGCAGUGCUCAUACAAUGUCUAUUGAGUUCUUGUAUAGAUAAGCAUUCAUGUGACCAAGUCAGCAUACAGCAUCACAAUAAGUAACGUGAUAGCCGAUGGUGUGAAUGUUACAUGUUUAAAAAUAAGCAUAAAUGGCUGGAAGUAUUUGGCAGGAAUUUGAGAUGCGUGGUGUUUUUUUUAGCCCUUCUGUGUGUGUGUGUGUGUGUGUGUGUGUGUGUGUGUGUGUGUGUGUGUGUGUGUGUGUGUGUGUGUGUGUGUGUGUGUGUGUGUGUGUGUGUGUGUGUGUGUGUGUGUGUGUGUGUGUGUGUGUGUGUGUGUGUGUGUGUGUGUGUGUGUGUGUGUGUGUGUGUGUGUGUGUGUGUCCAGUGCUCUUCUACCAAAAGCUUCUUUUAAACAGUUUGCCCUAAUACAUGAUGUGUAUUUGGGGGUCCUGAGAUGGACAAUAGCAGUACAUUGAACAUGCUCCGUAGUUUGGUAUGUCCCCCUUUUUGGAUUUAAGACCUGCAAUUAUCCUGCCAUUUCAGUGGGUCACAACACGGCUGCGUUAUUUGCAUAUUAUCAUGAUGUCCUCUCGGAUUCACUGCUGUGCUCGAGCACUUUUGCAGUAUGGAUCUUUGUCUUUAUUCUUUUUUUUUUAAGCCUUUUCAUUUGUGUGUAUUCUCUGCACUUUACUGCUGCGUGGGUGAGGCGCAGGGAAGGGAGGGACUGACAAUGCAUUGUGGAACCGAGUGCAGUUGUGGCUGCAUGGGAAAGGGUGGAGGUGAUCAUUUUGAGUGGAUGUUUUUAGGCAAGGAAAGGAGGAAAAUCCCGCUUGGAGGCGGUUAGUGUAGAAGUUACCAUAGCAAAUGAAGGACAUGUCUUUAAGUAUGGGCAUACAUUUCCUUUCCUGUUAUUUUACAGUAAUACACUCUUGUUCCAAAAUGGACCUCUCAAAUUGAAAGUGGUUUUUCCUGCGUUGGCAACUUUACACUAGCCCCUCCUAGCUGUGUCUGAAAUACUUUGUUCUGUAAGGUUUUGUUUUUGUUUUUCAGUUUUGUCUUUCAGUUUACUGAAAGCUUCUCCUCCUCCUUUCUUUGUGAUAUAGAAUGCACUUUCUACUAAAAUUCUUGGCUAGUUAAGAAAAAAUAACAUUGUAUUUUCUUUAAAGAUGUUUUUUAAAAAAUCAAUAUACUUUUCCCCUUUGUAUUUUUAACCACUUAAUGUAGCAUUGCGUAUUUUAUUAUUGUAUAUGGUACAAAUGUGCAGCUUUAUUAUGUCCUUGUUUGUCCUUUUUUGUAUGUUAUCUGGAGAUUGAGGAAGUGAAAAAGUGGGCCUUUUUUGAUAAUGUACAUUUAACUGACUGCUAACUUUGAGAAGUAAAACAAGUAGCCAUGAUUACCACA